AUGGCAGCCACCUCCGCGAUCCAGACCCCUGGGCCGGAGGCGGGAGGCAGCGCCGGGGACGAGAAGGCCGCCAACUGGAACAACAAGAAGUUCAGGGAUGAGUGCGAGUCCGUCAAGGCGAAGCUCGUCGACCAGCGCUUCGAUCCCAAGCACUUCCCCGAUCCUUUGCUCUCUAGAAAGACGCCCGAUGUCCGGAACAACCCCACGUCUUCGCCAGAGUUUGAGAGGAAGAUUGACCAGAUACUUGGAGAGCGCAGGGCACAAAUUCUUUAA